CCUUCUAUUGUUUUUCUUCCUUUCUUCCACUUCCUCUGAGAAAGCAUUGAGACGGAGAUUGGAACAGUAUUAUGGCCAUGGAUUUCGAGGAAAAUUACGAAAUUAACCGCACAGCCGAUUUCAUUCACAGUAGGAACUUCACCAGAGUUGCUCUACAGUUUCCAGAUGAAUUAUUGAAGGAUUCAGUCAGAGUGGUGAGUGCUCUUAGGGACAAACUUCAGUCACUUAGAGCAUCUAUUGCUGAAAAAAUUGGGGAAAACAAAGAGGCUCGCUUGUUUGUAAUGGCAGACACAACGUAUGGCAGUUGCUGUGUUGAUGAAGUUGGUGCUUCUCACAUUGAUGCUGAUUGUGUCAUACAUUAUGGACAUACUUGUCUCAGCCCGACAUCAACCCUUCCAGCAUUCUUUGUUUUCGGAAAGGCUUCCAUUAGCAUACACAGUUGUGCUCAAAGUUUGUCAGAUUAUGCCUCAACCAACAGCAAGCCAAUAGUGGUCAUUUAUGGACUGGAAUAUGCACAUGCAAUCCCACAUAUUAAAGAAAAAUUCAUGGCAGCAUCAUCAAUUGAAUCUGGACCCAAGCAUUCACAAUCCCUUUUUGCUGAUGUGAUGUGCUCGGUGAUAAAUCCCUUUGACAGUCACAAGAACUCUGAUGGGCUCCCGAAACUGCUUGGCGACUACAAUGCUAGUAAUGACGUCGAUGCAGCAGUUGGUUCUAAACAUAAGAUUGGAGGCUUGAUCUGGGAGCUACCUAAUGGACGCAGGAUGGAGGACUAUUUGCUUGUGUGGAUUGGUUCUGACAGUUCAGCAUUUGCAAAUGUUGUACUCACAUUUAAUGGCUGUGAGAUAGUCAGAUAUGAUGCAAAAGAGAAUCGCUUGGUGACAGAUUUAUCUCAACAGAGAAGGAUUCUUAAGCGUAGAUAUUACCUGGUGGAAAAGGCGAAAGAUGCUAACAUUGUUGGAAUUUUGGUGGGAACACUUGGUGUUGCUGGUUACCUUGAUAUGAUUCAUCAGAUGAAAGACCUAAUCACUAAUGCUGGGAAAAAGACUUACACUCUUGUUAUGGGAAGACCAAACCCUGCAAAACUUGCCAACUUCCCUGAGUGUGAUGUUUUCAUCUAUGUUUCCUGCGCCCAAACUGCUCUCUUGGAUAGUAAAGAAUUCUUAGCUCCAGUUAUUACUCCAUUUGAAGCCAUGGUAGCUUUCAACAGAGGAAGCCUAUGGACGGGAGAAUAUGUGAUGGAAUUUCGGGAUUUGAUUAAUUCAUCACCAGCGGAAGCAAGAAACAAUUCUGAAGAAGCAAGGUUUUCUUUCAUGCAAGGCAGAUAUGUAGAAGAUUUUGAUUUGCAAGAGAAAAUUGAAGAAGAUAAUGGAGCCCUUGCUUUAGCAAAUGCAACAGACAAGGCCCUGCAAUUGCACGAUAGAAAUUCUACAUCGCUCGGGAAGGGAACAAUUAAGUCUGGAGCUGAGUACUUCAUUAAUCGAUCUUUUCAAGGUCUUGACAUUCACAAUGACAAUUCAAUGCCGGAGCCAUAUUUGAUUGGUAGGACUGGUAAAGCUUCAGGUUAUGAACAUGAGAAAACCAAGCUCGAUAACCUGUGAUCAACUGUAAGAAAACACAAAGAGAUGGAUAAGAACGUAGCUACUGGGAUGUCAUGUCAAGAUGGGUAAAGCUUGGCGGAUGAGAGAAAUUUUUCAGAUAAAAUUCUGGUUUUUUUCUGUUUUUUCCCCUUAAAUUACUAAAUAUUGGAGUUAAACCUACAAUAUUUAAAUGCCACCAGAAUUAGACUAUUCUUCUUCUUUUUAUUUUUUAUUUUUUUAUUUGACCUUUUUUUCUUGUUUUUAUUAUAUCCUUUCUUUUGUAUUUGUGGAAAGAUGAUGGGAACUAAUCAUCUAAUCAAGAAAUUAGAUAAAUGGUCUAUCAAGUUAUUCAUGGAUUAA